GUCGAGGAGAACUGCCCCCCUCCCUUCACCCGUGCGGCGGCCCAGCUCCCUGGCGAGCCACCGCUCAAGAGGAAGUUCAGCGAGCUCUCCACCCUCUCCGACGCUACCGUCCCCUGCACCCCUGUCCCAUCGAAACCCAGAUACAAGGCGAGGAAGGAGGAGGAAGGGAGUCGGGAAGCUGCCUCGCCGCAGAUCACCGCCCCCGCCGAUGGCGACUCAGCGGUAGAUGACCCGCAGAUGUGCGCAACGCACGCGUCACCUAUGUAUCGGUACCUCAGAUCAUUGGAGGUGGAGGCGAAGCGGAGGCCGUCGCCCAACUACAUGGAUGCUGUUCAGAGGAGAGUGACGGCGGGCAUGAGGGGGGUUCUGGUGGAUUGGCUGGUGCAGGUGGCUGAGGAAUACCGCCUUGUCUCCGAUACGCUUUACCUCGCCGUCUCAUACAUCGACCGGUUCCUUUCCUUCAAUGCGAUCGGCAGGGAGCGGCUGCAGCUCCUCGGCGUUGCCUCCAUGCUCGUCGCUGCGAAUUAUCAAGAGAUUUGCCGUCCGAGUGCCGAAGAAUUCUGUUAUAUUACGGACAACACUUACACGAAGCAAGAGAUCGUGAAGAUGGAGAGCGACAUCCUCGAGUGUCUCGAGUUUGCUAUGGGUGGUCCCACCAUCGACACCUUCGUAUGGCGAUUCACAGGGGCAGGUCAAGAAGAUGGCAAAGUGAGUGUUCAUUCUCUUCGCAUGCAUUCUGCUUCCGAUUUGAUCUUUAGCUUCGUGCGUGCUAUUGUCAACUCGAUGCAGCACUGGGGUGCGCAACUGGAGUUUCUGGCGAGCUACCUUGCGGAGUUGAGCUUGGUAGACUAUGGCUGCGUGCAGUUCUUGCCGUCGGUGAUCGCUGCUUCAUCUGUAUUCGUUGCGAGGUUCACAUUGAAUCCAAAGAGUCAUCCAUGGAACAGGAAACUGGAACAGUGGACCGAGUACAAGGCGAGUGACCUGAAGGACUGCGUCCGUGCCAUACACGACCUGCAGUCGCAGAGGAGAGCAGCGUCUUUGGUGGCUGUCAGCGAGAAAUACAAGCAAAACAAGUUCCAUUGCGUGUCGAUGUUGCUUCCUUACAUUGAGAUUCCUGCGAUUUACUUAGACGAUCCCGAGGAGUAGUUGGAGAGAGCUCUUUUGAUGCCGGUGAAGUUGCCGCCUUCUUCUUGUUCUAGUUGUGUUGUGACCUACAGAAGAUGACACGGUUGAAACC